CCUUUUUAUACCGCCGUGCUUCCCUCUGAAGGCUUCACAGUAACUCCCGUCUCUGACCUGUUUACUUGUCUUAUACCAGAGUGUGUUGUGUAAUGGUUGGACCCAAUUGUCCUAACAGUCAGGGUCAGAGCAGCCUGCCUCCGAGUAAAUUUGUGUUAAAAUGGCCGUAAAACGUCUUACCUCCACCUAAAGUUUUAUGUCUUUUUGCGUAAAACAUUUACUAACAGUAACUUCGUUCGAACUGAUAUUUUCAGUUCGUACGCUCAUUAUUUUUGUAUUCCCAGUUGCUUUUAUUUUCACCACAGUUGAAUGGUGUGUUGUGUGUGAUUUUUGACUCCCGAAGUUGAACCUUUUCCGUGUGUCUUCGGUGGGAUUUAUUGCCGCCACAAUUGUAUUUGUCUAUUGAGUUGUAUGGCGGCUUCUGAUUUCUUUUAUAACGCGUGCACCCGAAGGAUUAUUUUGGUAAUAUGUGUUUUUGAAGAAGUUGUACUUAUUCAAAGCGUUUUUUAUUUUAAUUGGUUGCUCCAGGUAGGUGAAAGGUUGCAAACGACUAAAAGUACUGUGUUGACUCGUUCCGUGAAGCGUACUAUGAGGUUUGAUUUCGUCAGGAAUGGAUAAUGUUUAUAGUUAACUGUUUUAGAGCACUUGACGGAAUAUACAAAUACAACCUUUACUUUGGUAUCUACUGAAACGAAAAACGAAACCCAGAUUUUGUGAUUUUCUGGGAAGAAAUUGGAGCCAGGGACAAGGAUAUAGAGAGGAGAACAGAAGAGAAUCGUUUUCUCAAGAGGUGAUUGUGUGUCACAACCUCUCACCAUGAACGGAACCCACGGGCUCCCAAACGGCUCAGGGUCCUCCCUGCCCAACGGGCGCCCACCUGUUGUGCCCACCGUCCAGCUACCCGCCCACCAGCACACCCACCACACGCCCGCGUCCCGGGAGUCGUCUGUGGGCCCCGCCGGAAGUGACACGUCCGAAUCUUCUGUGGACUCGUCUGGCAACGCGCAGCUCAAGCCGCGCAAGCUCUUCCGGAUCCGGUCCCGGGCAGGGGAGAUGACUUUUGGCAAACUGCUCAUGAGCCCAAUC